AUGUCUAUAAACUGGGUCAUGCUAGACGACAGAACCGAACACAACUUCGUCAAGCUCCCCAGCGAAGAAGUACUCUACAGCUCCCCCUCGCGCACAAGCUUCUCCCUCUCCUCCUCCGCCGGCGCCAAGAAGCUCGCCCUCAGCAGCAGUUCCGGCAUAGUCCACCUCACAAGCCAGCGGAUAGUCUACAUCCCCACGCAACGCACGCGCGAGCUCGAGUCCUUUUCCUGCCCCAUAAACCACCUCCAUGACACGCACGUCGCCGCGCCCUUCUUUGGCGCAAACUACUGGACCGCCGUUGUCCAGCCCGUGGCAGAGGGCGGCCUUACCUGGGUCAGCUCCGUGAUUGAGCUCAAGCUCACCUUCAAGGAAGGCGGCGCCUUCGACUUUUACACAUUCUUUGAGCGGGUCAAGGAGCUGUUUCUGCAGGCCCUGGAGGCUGCAAGGGAUCAGGGGCGGCCGAUGGGUAAUAUACACCUGCAAGAGCUGCCCCCCUAUGAGGCGCCCCCGCCAGGGAUCGAUGAGCCCGCAGGUUCGACGUCGCUGGUAGAUGCUACGGCGAGCUAUGCGAAUCCGCCCACGGGACCGCCGCCGGGAUAUGAGGAGGUGCAGUGGGAAAGCGUUGAGUCUGAGCUGCGGAGACAGACCAAUAACGCUCGGUGA